AUGUUUUCAUUAAGAGCGCCCUUCCGUACAAUCCGGGCUCUGCCCUCUCCCACCGCCGCCGUUGCGGCAACGCCUCAGCUGGCCGGGCGCCGAUUCUACCACGAUAAAGAUAAGUGCCGACCCCGGAACCCGGGCUCCAUGGACAAGAAGGAUCCCGCUGUCGGCACUGGGCUCGUUGGCGCCCCGGCAUGCGGCGACGUUAUGAAGCUGCAGAUUCGAGUUGAUGAGGCCACGGGCACCAUUACUGAUGCCAAAUUCAAGACGUUUGGAUGCGGUUCCGCAAUCGCAAGCUCGAGUUAUCUGACCGAGUUGGUCAAGGGGAUGCGAUUGGAGGAUGCAUCCAAGAUUCGUAAUGUCGACAUAUCAAAGGAGCUCUGCCUGCCACCCGUCAAGCGUACGUACCUCCAGCGCAGCUGUAUCAAAGUCCUGGUAAAAGAAAUCCACAAAUCUAACCCUCUCUCAGUUCACUGCUCCAUGCUCGCAGAAGACGCCAUCAAGGCUGCCAUCGCCGACUAUCACGGCAAGAACCCCAAGGCCAAGAUUACCGAUCUCGCCGGCACCGCCAAGACGAUCAGAGAGACCAUGCAGCAAGCUGCGUAA